AUGUUACGCCCGUCGUCAGCCAGGGACGCGUCGACAUGUCUGCGAUGCAAUCUGCGCCUUGUGCUCCGUCAGAUCCACCACCGUCGUUACCAGUCCACCUCCGCCGAUGAAUCGCCCCUUCCAACUCAAGAUUUUCCUGCACCCGCACCUGCGCCUGCCUCUGACCAGCAACAAAUUCCACAACCUUCGCGUCUGAGACUCAUCAGGACCCAUGGCAACCAUGGAAAGAUUCGCGGCAAGAAGGGCGGCCAGAGACGUGUCGAGUCGUCCGAAGCCUUGUCCAUUGCCAGCUUAGGUCAAUCUUCCGAAGUCAUUGUUCUACGUGACUUGCACGAGCGCCGGCCAGAGAAAAAGGUCCCAAAUACUUCCGAUCAACCCACCCAUAAUGCCGAAGUUGCUGAACCCAAGCCGCCUGCUCUGACUGGCCGCGACAUUGAGAACAUGUCGGGUAGAAGAGCACUUCGCCCAAGACCAGCCGAAGUCUUCGAGUCCAUUGAUGCUUUAAGGCCUGACGAUGGCAUUCAUCUCUUGACUGACGAUGAGUUUCGUCAAAAGUUUGCUGCCCUGAACAAAGGCUAUACUAUAAGCCAAUUGAAAGCCUAUUUGGUGAGCAAGACUGCUCCUGCUAAGCCUUCUUCAAACAAGGCUAACAACGCCCGUCGUACCUUGUCCGAGUCAGACAAGCCUGCCUCUACCGAGAUCAGCAGCACAAUCAAUCCGCUACAGAACCUCAAGCGAACCGCCUGGCAUGCCGGUACUACUCCUACGACCAAGCGCUUGCCCAUGCUCGACUUCUCCAUGUCAAUCGGUCGUAAGAUGAACAACAAAGACGAUGUGAUAGAAUCCAUCCUGCGUCAUGCUUGGGCGCUUGGUAUCGAGGAGGAGCAAGCUGCCAUUGGUGAGAUGGAGUUUCUGCUAUCACCCAUGCAGUUUGGUCUGUUGCUCACAAAGAACUCUCAGACCUUGAGGCCUCUGCUCGAGAGCUCCAAGUUCUACAGAAACUCGCGAUUUCAGUUACACCAAGCCGAACGCGUUAUUCGAGUUAUAGGCCCAAGAGCUGAGGCUGAGGCCAUCGCCCACGUCCUGACCGAAGCUUAUGCUCCUGCUAGGAGCGCUGAUAUCAAUCUCGAAACCUUCCAUGACGCCCUGCAACGAAAUUCCUCAGCGCUGACGCUACGAAAUAUAUUGACCCCCACUCAACUGAGUGAAAUCAUGGCCUUGACCAGGACCUAUAUUCACUACGACGUCGAUGCCAAGCGCCUUCGUAUUGCCAGUUUCGUCGAUGUCGCCAUCAACGAUGCUCACCGUCUACUUAUUGCUCUUUUACCUUCAUCUUCUCAAGCCAGCGUCACGCACCUUUACGAUUCGGAAAAGGCCGAUCACUGUCGACUUGAAGCCAUAUACAACACAAACAAUCUGCCUUCUAAUGCAAAGCAUCGACCGCUCGGUCGUUGGGUCACUGCGUCGCGUAAGAUUAGCCAGGCCGGUGCCGAUCCAACCAUCCUGGAUAUCGGGGAUGCUCAGGAUGUUGGUGACAAGGCUGUAGACAAAUUACCAAUCGCGCCUCUGCAAUGUCAGAGUCCCAUCAUGAAGGAAGCCGUUGCGCUCAUGAAAUGCCGUCUAAAUUCUUCAGAGGAAGAUGAACCCGAGAUAGAGUUGUCAAUCUGGCCGAAGAGGCCUUCAUUCAGUCUCUGGAAGGCGCGUAUCGGCCUAUCAUUGCACGAUCUUCAAGCUAAAGAUCCUUAUCCUGGUUCUAACGGUCUGACCUCGAGUCUUGAGGACCCUGCAGCAUAUCCCAAGCAGGUUUUCACUUCCCAAAUUCCUGGUCUUCUUGGACUUUUGUCCACUGGUUCUCGCAAGGGCUCGUGGUAUCACAACCCUCUCCUACAUCACGAGCUUACAGCUUACCUGGUACCUUCUCCUCUUGAGCAGACAGGUAUCUUGGCUUCUGCUACUUUGCCCACUCUGGAGCUUAGAUUCUACAUUAAAGGAUCUACCUAUUCACUAGACGACGAGAAGCGCAUGUCUGCUAUACUUCCCGAUGGUAAACGUAUUCUGUUUAAGGAUAUGCGCGCCGUCAUGAAAACCGAGGCUGUACAGCUGAACCUGCCAUCUCAUCCUGCUGACCUGCGCUUCGAGCGUGAACAGACACUGGCCUCAACACGCGCCGUCAAGGAUCCGAGAAUCAGGUCGUUCAUCGAAGCAAUAUUCGAGAGUAUGGCAAACGAUGCCUCUCUGCGUGCUCCCCCAGCUCUACAAAUACGUGUUCCACAAACGGUCACUUCCGAGGACACUACCCAAGGCCAGCUAGUCCUUGCCAAAUACCUUUUCGCUGGCUUCGAGUAUCGUGAUCUACGGCGCUUUGAUCUCAAACUGCUCGGGCCAGACUUCAGUGCAAGUAUUGAGAGCACCGAGGCAGGCGUGACGGGUGGGCGUCGCCUCGAACUCCGCUUGCGCUACAGCAAGAAAGUGGACGACAAGAAAGAUGACACAAUUGUAGACAGUCUCACGGAUGCAUCAGUCAACGUGAUCAACUCUCUUGCAGAGUCACAAUUCAAGGAGUCGUUGUAUGCCUCUGGCAAGACGCUUGUUGCUCGUGACACGUCUCGCAAAUCACGCUUGGAUACUACCAAGCCGAAGAGGGCGAGCAAGGAGGAUAAUCGGGCUACUUCUCGUCCGAAAACAGUCGACCCCAGGAAAGAUCGCAUUUCGGCUCAUGAGGUAGAUACUCCCUCUACAGACGAGACAGAGCGUGCUGUCGAGCAAGAGGCUCUGCAAGUACAGGCCACCAAUGACAGAGACCCAUCAGCAAUGGAAAAGGUCGCGAAGCAAGAACAGCGUGUUGAGUUGAAUACCGAUCAAGACCCUCGAGUGGAAGUAGCAGCCGGAGAUGAAGUAUCUACGCCAGAGGUCAUCGCGAUUGAGAAGCCGGAAUCGCAAACCAGGACUUUUGAUGCCCCUGAAGAGCAUGAUGCCUCGCUUGUCAGCGAAGAAGCAUCAAGCACAGAGGCGUCUACUUCAACAUCGAGCACUAUUGGCGAAAGCACAUCUGAGCAGACGCCUACACAAGCGUCUUCCGAGCCUGAGACACAAGAGGUCAAGGCCGAAGAGUCAAAGGCUCCUGAAGAAGAACCCUUGAGCGUGCGUCUGAGACGCAUGAUGGGUGGUGGUGCUUAA